AUCUAUGUGAAAUUUUUUAAUGAUUUGAUUUCUCACGGUAGGAAAAGCUCAGCAGUUCGCACCAGAUGCCAUGGAAACAGAGAGUUCUGCCAAGUCUGGAAGUGAAGUUACAGAAGUUUCAGAAACUGUAACCAGUGAGAGUGAUGUGGCAAGUAAAAAUUCUGUAAACAAACGAGGCAAAAAGAGACGCUUGAAGACAGAAAUAGCGCACAAACCCAAAAAAAUAAAAGUACUUCUUGAAGUUCCAAAGUUACCUACAAGAAAAGGUUUGGUAUUAACUGUUGGCCAGGGAGAUGUUGGACAGCUUGGACUUGGGGAAGAUGUGUUGGAGAAGUCCCGGCCAGGAGUUGUAACUUCUAUUCCUGAUCCUGUGGUGAACGUAGCUGCUGGAGGUAUGCACUCAGUGUGCUUAACAAUCAAGGGAGAGGUAAUAAUAAUUUCUUUACCCGGUAUAACUAAGUUGUGGUCAAUUGUUAUAGUAGCAUUCAGUUUUAAAUGCAAGUAUAUACCCUUGUGUGUGUAUGUCUAAAAAACCAAGUUAGGGUACACAAACAUUUUAGUGACAGGGAGAACACCUGGAUGUUGUUGAUGAUAAGGUAGGAAAUGAUGGGUAGCAUUUUACUUCACAUUUCUUGUAAAAAAUACUAUAUGCCAACAUAAUUUUCAGUUUCUGUGAGUUUUUUUAGUGUAUAUAGCUGGAUGUAAGAAAGAAGCCAUUGUCAGUUUGUUUUUCUGUUAAUUGCACAU